AUGGCUCUCAAGGACCACUUCUCGCGUGAAGCGACCAAAGAUAUCGAGAGUUUGUUCUUGAUCUCGAAGAGCAAUUGUGCCUUCGUAAACUAUCGUUCAGAGGCUUCAUGCACAGCCGCUAUGCAUCGGUUCCACGACUCUCGCUUCAAUGGUGUCCGCCUUGUCUGUCGGCUACGUCGCAGUUCAGCGCCCGCCUCAGGAGUACCCACAGGACCAUCAGCUAUGGUAGGCACGCAGCAGGCCAACGCGUCACCGCCACAUAGUCCACAAGUUGGCGACGAGACAGCCGAUGAAGCAAAAGGAGGCGUCACGGAACAGUUUCCUGUCCAGGAUAAAGAUGCUGCUCCGGGAGCUUCUACACCUUCAAGCAAAUACUUCAUCGUCAAGAGUCUGACACUUCAGGACUUGGAGCUCAGUGUUCGCAACGGAAUAUGGGCCACACAAUCCCACAACGAAGACGUUCUAAACAAAGCCUUCAGGUCGACUGAAAAUGUUUACCUGAUUUUCUCGGCGAACAAGUCCGGCGAGUACUUUGGCUACGCCCGAAUGACCUCCCCCAUUCUUGAGGAUGGAUCCCAGGUCGUUGGCGAGGCGCCCAAACCCGAAAAUAGCGUUGAUGCGCCUGACGUUCCUAAGUCAAUCCCUACAUCGGCAACCGAGUGGGCUCCCAGAGGCAAGAUUAUCGACGAUUCGGCCCGCGGCACAAUCUUCUGGGAAGCAGAACUUUCCGAAACGGAAGCGGAGGAAGAAAUGCCUGAGAAAGAUGACAAAACUGUUGACGGAGACAAUCAAGUGGUUGCACAGAGCUGGGGCAAACCAUUCAAGAUUGAGUGGUGCUCGACCCAACGUCUACCAUUUUACCGCACGCGUGGGCUUCGUAACCCCUGGAACGCCAACCGAGAAGUCAAAAUCGCAAGGGAUGGCACUGAACUCGAGCCUAGUGUUGGCGAGCGUUUGAUCCAGAUGUUCCACCGCCUUGGACCUUCCGGCGCUGGAGCAGCUGUGAUGGCCCCGCACCCACAGCUUGGCAUGCCUAAUAUGCGCCCAUUCUAG